AUUCUAUGUCACAACAGUAUUUGAGGAUACAUUGAUAAACAGUUCAAACUUUGGCCAAACUGUUAUUUAGCACUCAUGCAUGCCAUUAUGUAUUCACCUUAAACCCAGGCCAACAUUUUAGUGACAAAUGAUGACAAAGUUAUCUCUUUUUAAAGGUCUCUGUUUUAUUCCUCUCUCUGUAUUUUGUACCCUGUGUGGCAUGCAUAAAAUGAAUUAGAAAAAUAACCACCAGUGCGGUUUCACAAGUGUUUGUGCAAGCGUUUAGAGAAGAGUUUGGAGUAAGUAGCAAGGACUUUUUUAGUCCUCUGUUGUAAGUGGUCCCAGGGGACCUGGGAUUCUGCAGACCUUCGCCUUUGAGCAGAGGAGGUUAUCUAACAGCAGAGAGGAAGCUCCACUGGAGAGGUCCUUCCUUGACCAGUGACAGAACACUCCGUUGCCAUAGCUGUAUUGCAGGCAGUGCUCUAUGGGUGGAAAGGCAAGAAGGGGGUGCUCCAGGGAGGCUUUAGAUUCCCUUGUUUCCCAGACCUACUCAAGGAUGGAAUAGGGGGGAAACUACACCAGCCCUGGAGUUAUUUUCCUUCCCUGUGGAACCAAUUUUUUUUUACAAGAAAGAAAAUGGGGAAAGUAAAAAAAGCCACCUCCUAUCUUGUACCCUAUUCAUCACUUGGUUCCUCUGCUACAAUUAUCUCUGCCAUCCAUGCUGCCUGUCCAACCUCCAUAGGAUUGCUCUGUUAGUUGCUCACAUUUUCAUUAAAAAUAGUAAUAUCGCUGAAUUUUAUUAAAUGUAUUGUUUUACAGAGGAGGGCUGGACAUAGAAGUUGUAUUAAUUGGCUACAAAAUGUUGUUGAGUGCUAACAAUCUCUUCCAUCAGUUAUCUGUGGAAGUACAGAGGGAAGAUGGAAAAUUUGAGGGAUGGGGAGGUUGUUGCAUCUCUAAAGCACUUGAAAUAUAUUUCUCUUUCCUGCUACUGUAAAAGCAAAACACCAAAAAGUAGUUACAAAGCAAGAAAACCUUCUCAUACUGCAUUUGAAAAUAGAUUGCUCUUGUAUUCGACAUCCAAGCACUAGAAGAAGGGGGGGAAGCAGCACAUGAAGUUCUCCAUCUCAGACUCAGAGUGUCGCUGUUGGCUAAUGCAGUUCUCAUGGUGCUGCAUGGAAUCUGCUAAGCGAUGCUUCCUGCAGUGCUGUUGUUUAGCCACAGACUGCAGAACUGGGAGAUAGUAGAACACAGGGACAUGAAAACACUUUUGCUAAGGAAAUAAAACCCACUGCAACAUAUAGAAAGGGACAGUGACUGCUUUUAUACUUCCUUGUUGUGGAUUUGUGGGUCUUGAUGAGAACUUGAGGAUCUCCAUCUAAUGAAAAUAUGCAAGAAAAGAAUAAAGCAAAUGUCUCACCAAAUCAGAUGGACAACAGGCACAAAGAGAAAAAUGGGUCGGUAAACAGGCAAGUACCACUCCUCUUGUUAUUGUCCUUGUUGUGCCAGGCUGCCUCAGAGCACGUUCAGUAUUCUAUCGCUGAGGAAAUGGAAAAAGGCUCCAUUGUAGGAAAUCUUGCCAAAGAUUUGGAGCUGAAUGCUGGAGAAAUAGCAAAUCGCAAUCUGCAUAUCCUUUCUUUGGGUAAAAGGCAAUAUUUCACAAUCAGUAUAGAAAAUGGAAAUCUAUAUGUAAAUGACAGGAUAGACAGAGAAGGAAUAUGUGGAAGCAAUGCUUAUUGCCUCAUUAGUUUUGAAGUGAUGGUUGAAAAUCCUAUGAAUAUUUUUCAUGUUACUGUACAGAUCCAGGAUAUCAAUGAUAAUGCACCACAUUUUGUGAAUGAGAAUAUCAAACUAGAGACAAGUGAAUUCACUCUGCCAGGAGCCCGAUUUGUGCUUGGGUUUGCUGAAGAUCCAGAUGUUGGAAUAAACUCUCUCCAGAAUUACCACCUUAUGCCCAAUCAGUAUUUCAUAGUAGAAGCUAGAGAGAGAGAAGAUGGGAAGAAAUAUGCAGAAAUAGUACUGAAUAAACAGUUGGAUCGAGAAAGUGAAAGCAGUUUCCAUUUAAUUCUUAUGGCUCUGGAUGGAGGGAAGCCUGCCAAAACUGGGACUGCCACAAUAUGGAUCAGUGUCAUUGAUGCAAAUGAUAAUUCACCAAUCUUCACACAAGAAGUGUACAAGGUCUGUCUUAAAGAGAAUACCCCAAAGGAUCUUCAGUAAUACAAGUGAAAGCCACAGAUAGAGAUGAAGGCUCAAA